AUGCCCAGACGGCUACCGGUCAUGUCUGGUAACUUUGAUAACCCACGGGCGUCGGACGAAUCCCAAGAGUCGGCGGACCAAAUUAUUCGGGAUAUACUCGAUAAUACGCGGUCCCCUGAACAAGUCAGCCCCUCUGGUGAACUAUACAGAUUUUUCGAACGUUUCCACCGAGCUAGAGCCACGGACAAUCGGCCGCCUCAGCAGCAUUCCAGUUUGCAAGCCAUGUCUUCAGAGCCUGAUUUAGAGCGAAGGCGCAGGCUGCAAGCGCUUGAAACGUCACCACUAUUCACCCUACCGCCACCCCCAGUUAUGGAGCAGUCACCUAGACCGAGCCCUGCUUCGAGACUCGCUGCUCUGCGUCGUGGACGGCCUCGUAUUACCCCUAGUGAUCGGUACUUAGAUCGUCAACGAGCACUGGCGCAGAGCCGCAUUUCGCAUAAUGAAAAUGACUUCAGUGGACUUGCAGACCUACGGGAUGCGGGGCGCCAGUUGGAAGAGGCUAGCAAUUUUAUGUUACAGGAUGCCGGAAGACAAUUACAGGCAGCCAGCUCGGAUUUGAGAGCGCUGCUGGAUGAUCCGUUACCGCGCUUGUCUUCCCCGGCGCGUGACUCCGAAUAUCCUGGGGACGAGAACAACCGUCGAGUCAAACGACGCAGACUAGACUCGGACAGGCAGGAAUCUAGUUUUACGGGCUUUAGCUACGGAAGAUACGGCCAGGUCGAGCCGGGCAAGUUGAAGAUGGAAAUCGUCAGUUGUGAUGGAGGAAUAUUUGAAGAGGAACGGGACAGGGCCAAAUACGCCGCUGAAAAUGUUCUGCGGAAUGAUAGCACAGUUUACUGCACAAAAGCCAACCGAUGUAAUCUUGUUCUUCGACAUCAGGGAGGUACGGUCUUCUCCCUGAAGGAAUUGAUUAUCAAAGCUCCGCAUUCUGGCUAUACUGCACCUGUUCAAGAAGGAAUGGUCUUCAUCUCAAUGACUGCGGAUGAUCUUUUGACGAGAACUGCUCAAUAUCAAAUCCAGUAUUCUGCUGCCCGGCCUCGACGCCCAGAACCUGAGCGGUCACCGAGUGAACUUCCACCAAUCUUGUCCAUCCGCCACAACAGCGACGGCUCUAUGAGCAGAAGAGAGGCACAGGCCCGAGCCCACCGCCUAUAUCGUAUUGGUAUCCAAGACCAAGAAUGCGAUUACCGCACUGCGCAAAUCCCGUCCGAUUUCACCUCGAAUUCAUAUUCAACUCCAUUUCAAGUGAUUACAGAAUCCAGCGAUUCCGAAGAUGAAGAUACCACCAACCACUUACGACGCCACCGUUCGAUACAUCGUAUCAUGAACCUUCACUUCGAUGACACAUCCAGUAGCGAUGAUGAUGAUAACGAGCAAAAUAAUGAUAAUGCCUGGCAAGAUGACUAUAAUCCGGGACCGAGUCGUAGUCCCCCUCUUCGGCGUCGAGACACUGCAAGCAAUAUCACUCUUGCCGAAGCUGCUGAGGCAAGCCAGAUUGCAACGCAAGAAGCUGUCAGAGCCGUGGGAGGUGGAUUGAUGGCCCCGCAUGCGCGUUUUUUUAUCGAGAGGGAUAAGAGCAAAUGCACGGUCAAGUUCGACCCUCCUGUUAGUGGACGCUUUAUCUUGUUAAAGAUGUGGAGUCCACAUCACAGCCCGUCUGGAAAUAUUGAUAUUCAGACUGUGGUUGCGAAGGGGUUUGCGGGACCGAGAUACUUCCCUGCUCUUGAUUUACGGUGA